AAAAUUUAUAGGGUUUUUAAUUUUGAUUCUACGGAAUCAAAAUCAAAGCUUUUCUUCCUUCCCAAAACCCUAUUCCCAAUCUCUCGCACUUGCACUCGGCCGUCGACCAAAUUUCUGUCACAAUGAGCAGAUCGGGCCAGCCUCCAGAUCUCAAAAAGUACAUGGACAAGAAACUCCAGAUCAAGCUGAAUGCAAAUCGGAUGGUUGUUGGUACACUUCGUGGGUUUGACCAGUUUAUGAAUCUGGUAGUUGACAACACUGUGGAGGUGAAUGGCAAUGAGAAAACAGACAUAGGCAUGGUGGUGAUAAGAGGAAAUAGUGUUGUUACUGUUGAAGCACUUGAACCUGUAGGCAGAAUGCAGUGAUUCUGGUUUUUCUACUGGAAAUUUAAAAACCACUUGAUGCAUCUCUUUCACUCUCUGUUGUUUGUGUAAAACUGCUGCUACCCUGCUACGUAGGGAUUGGAUAUGUUAUCUAAUGCAGUAUUUGUGGGAAGAGGAUGGAUCAACAUGGAUUCUGCCCUUUCUUUUCCUUCUCUUUUAAUGGGUUUUCCUUUAUGCAAUUCCAGAUGGUUUAAUUUAAUGUAGUGAAUGGUAACAGUGAUACUUAUUUUACUGUUAAAAUAUGGCGUAAGCAGAAAACUUGAACAGUUCGAAUGACUUGUAUAAAACUUGGGUAGCCAGA